GGUCUGGGAUGAGAACUGGCCCACCGCUCCACGGGAUCCUGGAGGUGUCACCUCCUGUCGCCCUGACCUCGCCAUGCGGACCCCGCGAGCGCCCCCUCCCCGCCCGGCCCUACUGCUCCUGCUGCUGCUACUGGGAGGCUCCCACGGCCUCUUCCCCGAGGAGCCGCCGCCACUCAGCGUGGCCCCCAGGGACUACCUGAACCACUAUCCUGUGUUCGUGGGCAGCGGGCCAGGACACCUGACCCCCGCAGAGGGCACCGACGACCUCAACAUCCAGCGGGUUCUGCGGGUCAACAGGACGCUCUUCAUCGGGGACAGGGACAACCUGUACCGGGUGGAGCUGGAGCCCCCCACGUCCAUGGAGCUGCGGUACCAGCGGAAGCUGACCUGGAGCUCCAACCCCAGCGACAUCAACGUGUGUCGGAUGAAGGGCAAGCAGGAGGGCGAGUGUCGAAAUUUUGUAAAGGUGCUUCUACUUCGGGACGAAUCCACCCUCUUCGUGUGUGGUUCCAAUGCCUUCAACCCCGUGUGUGCCAACUACAGCAUGGACACACUGCAGCCCCUUGGGGACAACAUCAGCGGCAUGGCCCGCUGCCCAUACGACCCCAAACACGCCAAUGUUGCCCUCUUCUCUGAAGGGAUGCUCUUCACAGCCACCGUUACCGACUUCCUAGCCAUCGACGCCGUCAUCUACCGCAGCCUCGGGGACCGGCCCACUCUGCGCACCGUGAAACACGACUCCAAGUGGUUCAAAGAGCCCUACUUUGUCCACGUGGUGGAGUGGGGCAGCCACAUCUACUUUUUCUUCCGGGAGAUCGCAAUGGAGUUUAACUACCUGGAAAAGGUGGUGGUGUCCCGUGUGGCCCGGGUGUGCAAGAAUGAUGUGGGCGGCUCCCCUCGCGUGCUGGAGAAGCAGUGGACGUCGUUCCUGAAGGCACGGCUCAACUGCUCGGUGCCGGGGGACUCUCACUUCUACUUCAAUGUGCUGCGGGCCGUCACGGGCGUGGUCAGCCUGGGGGGCCGGCCCGUGGUCCUUGCUGUUUUCUCCACGCCCAGCAACAGCAUCCCUGGCUCGGCCGUCUGCGCCUUCGACAUGACACAGGUGGCUGCCGUGUUUGACGGCCGCUUCCGUGAGCAGAAGUCCCCUGAGUCCAUCUGGACACCCGUGCCAGAGGACCAAGUGCCACGGCCCCGGCCCGGGUGCUGUGCAGCUCCUGGCAUGCAGUACAACGCCUCCAGCGCCUUCCCGGACGAGAUCCUCAACUUCGUCAAGACACACCCCCUGAUGGACGAGGCAGUGCCCUCACUGGGCCACGCACCCUGGAUUGUUCGGACUCUGAUGCGGUACCAGCUGACGCGAGUGGCCGUGGACGUGGGCGCCGGCCCCUGGGGCAACCAGACUGUCGUCUUCCUGGGUUCUGAGGCGGGCACUGUCCUCAAGUUCCUUGUCUGGCCCAACGCCAGUGCCUCGGGUACCACCGGGCCCAGUGUCUUCCUGGAGGAGUUUGAGACCUACCGGCCGGACAGGUGUGGGCGCUCUGGGGGUAGCGAGACAGGGCAGCGGCUGCUGAGCCUGGAGCUGGAUGCGGCCUCGGGUGGCCUGUUGGCGGCCUUCCCCCGCUGUGUGGUCCGAGUGCCCGUGGCACGCUGCCAGCAAUACUCAGGAUGCAUGAAGAACUGUAUUGGCAGUCAGGACCCCUACUGCGGCUGGGCCCCGGAUGGUUCCUGCAUCUUCCUCAGUCCCGGCACCAGAGCCACCUUUGAGCAGGACGUGUCCGGGGCCAGCACCUCAGGCUUAGGGGACUGCACAGGACUCCUGCGGGCCAGCCUCUCGGAGGAGCGCGCCGGGUUGGUGUCGGUGAACCUGCUGGUGACGUCGUCGGUGGCGGCCUUCGUGGUGGGCGCCGUGGUGUCCGGCUUCAGCGUGGGCUGGUACGUGGGGCUCCGCGAGCGGCGCGAGCUGGCCCGCCGCAAGGACAAGGAGGCCAUCCUGGCGCACGGGGGCGGCGAGGCCGUGCUGAGCGUGAGCCGCCUGGGCGAGCGCCGGGCGGGCGGCCCCGGGGGCCGGGCCGGGGGCGGCGGCGGGCCCGGGGUUCCCCCCGAGGCUCUGCUGGCGCCCCUGAUGCAGAACGGGUGGGCCAAGGCCACGCUGCUGCAGGGCGGCCCCCACGACCUGGACUCGGGGCUGCUGCCCACGCCCGAGCAGACGCCACUGCCCCAGAAGCGCCUGCCCACCCCGCACCCGCACGCCCUGGGCCCCCGCGCCUGGGAGCACGGCCACGCGCUGCUUACGGCCUCCCUCUCAUCCUCCCUCCUGCUGCUGGCCCCCGCCCGCGCCCCCGAGCCGCCCCCCGCGCCCGGCGAGCCGGCCCCCGACGCCCGCCUCUUCGUCGCGCGGCCCGGCCGCGCCUCCCACGGCGACUUCCCGCUCACCCCCCACGCCAGCCCGGACCGCCGGCGGGUGGUGUCGGCGCCCACGGGCCCCUCGGACCCGAGCUCCGCCGCCGACGGCCUCCCUCGGCCCUGGAGCCCACCGCCCACCGGCAGCCUCCGGAGGCCGGGCGCGCACGCCCCGCCCGCCGCCGCGCUGCGCCGCACGCACACGAUCAACAGCGGCGAGGCCCGGCCCCGCGGCCGCCACGCCCGGCCCGGCACGGACUUGGCGCACCUCCUCUCGUACGGGGGCCCGGACAGGACUGCGCCCCCCGUGCCCUAG